CUAUCAAGCUCUCUAUAGUCUAUGCUAGCUAGCCCGUCCGCCACAAGUUCUAUUACUGUUCUCUUCAUUAGAAAAAAUGAUGAAUCCUGCUGAAGGGAAUACAUCAUUGCUUCUUCUCUCCCUUCUUCUUGUUUGCCCAAUCUGCGCUUCCCUUGACACCAUAACACCAGACCAACCCCUCAAGGAUGGUCAACUUCUGCUCUCAAACCAGAAAACCUUUGCACUUGGGUUUUUCAGCCCCGGCCGUUCCAGUCACCGCUACGUUGGAAUUUGGUUUAACCAAAUCACCGAACAAACCGUUGUGUGGGUUGCAAACAGAGACGCUCCUCUCAAUGAUACCUCCGGAGUCCUCUCCAUCAACAGUGAGGGAAACCUUGUACUUCACACCCAAAACCAAACCACUCCUAUUUGGUCCACCAAUGUUUCUUUUUCUGUCUCAUUCACAAAUAAUUCUAUGGCUAAGCUCUUAGAUAUGGGAAAUCUUAUUUUGGUUCAACAAGACAGCCAACGUUGGCAAAGUUUUGAUUAUCCCACCAAUACUCUGCUUUCGUUUAUGAAACUUGGCCUGGACCGGCGGACCGGGUUGAACCGGUUCCUAACAUCUUGGAAGUCCAAAGAUGACCCGGGAAUCGGCAACUACUCAUUUCGAGUAGUUACAACUGGGUACCCUCAAGCAGUCACAUACAUGGGUCGGACUAUAUCAUGGCGUGCUGGAUCUUGGACUGGCCUAAGAUUGGUUGGUAUACUGCCCAGAAUGUUAUCAAAUUACUUCAAUAAUAGCUUUGUGAAUAAUCAAGAUGAAACCACCCUUAUGUACAGUACAUUUUCAAAUUCAGCUGACCCCAAAGUUAUUUCUAAAUUGGUGGUGGAUGAAUCAGGAAUUAUUCGACGGUCUUUAUGGCAGGAGAAUACAUGGGCCGAAAUUUGGUUCCUCCCACAAGAGUUGUGCGAUAAGUAUUUGCAUUGCGGUCCAAAUAGUUAUUGUGACCCACACAAUUUGGUCAUUUCCAAGUGCGAGUGCUUUCCUGGAUUUGAACCCAAGUCAUCUCGUGAUUGCAUGAGGGAAAAGCAAGGAGUGUCCAUGUGCAACAAUGGAGAAGGGUUCGUGAAGUUGGCACAUAUGAAGUUGCCGGAUACUUCAACAGCACAAGCGGACAUGAGUUUGAGUAUGAAAGAGUGUGAGCAAAAGUGUUUGAGGAAUUGUUCUUGUAUGGCUUAUGCAAGUACAAAUGAGAGUGAGGGAGGGAUUGGUUGCUUGACAUGGCAAGGGGACUUGGUGGACGCAAGAACAUAUCCUGAUGUAGGACAAGAUUUAUACAUACGUGUGGAUGCAGUUGUAUUAGCUCAACAUGCUAAGAAAAAUGGUCUUACUCAGAAAAAGAGGAUGCUGGCAAUUCUGGGAGUUUCUGUUGCUGUAAUGUUUCUUCUUAUAGUUUCAGUUGUGUAUUGUUUUGUAAUGAAGAAGAAGAAAGAGAUGAGGCAUGGCACAAAUUCAGAUAGUGCUGACUCCACCUUAACAUACUUCGAGGACUCUCCGAGUAGAAAGGACCUCGAUGGAACUAGAAGAAAUUCAAAUUUACCAUUAUUUGAUCUAAGAAUCAUAAUUGCAGCUACAGAUAACUUCUCUAUUGCUAACAAGCUUGGCCAAGGUGGUUUUGGCCCAGUUUAUAAGGGUUUGCUACAAAAUAGAAUGGAGAUAGUAGUAAAAAGACUAUCAAAAUGCUCUGGACAAGGAAUAGAACAAUUCAAAACAGAAGUUGUACUAAUUGCUAAACUCCAACAUAGAAACCUUGUGAGAAUUUUAGGUUGUUGCAUUCACAAAGAAGAGAAGAUGUUGAUCUAUGAGUACUUGCCAAAUAAAAGCCUGGAUUCUUUCAUUUUUGAUGAAACAAAAAGGUCAUGCUUAGAUUGGGUAAAGCGAUUUGAGAUUAUUUGCGGAAUUGCUCGAGGGAUCUUAUAUCUUCAUCAAGAUUCAAGAUUAAGAAUUAUCCAUAGAGAUUUAAAGGCCAGCAAUGUUCUACUUGACAAUGCAUUGAAUCCAAAAAUUUCAGAUUUUGGUAUGGCUAGAAUUGUUGGAGGGGAUCAAAUUGAAGCUAAUACAAAUUGCAUUGUUGGAACAUUUGGUUAUAUGUCACCUGAGUAUGCAAUGCAAGGACUAUUUUCAAUAAAGUCUGAUGUAUAUAGCUUUGGGGUAUUGCUGUUAGAGAUCAUUACUGGUAAAAAGAACAGUUCUUACCAUCAUGAUGGUCCUUCUGCAAAUUUGAUUGGACAUGUUUGGGACCUAUGGAGAGAAGACAAUUCCAUGAAAAUAGUUGACCCAUUACUAGAUGAGGCAUACCCUGCUAAUGAAGUUUCAAGAUGCAUUCAAAUUGGACUUUUGUGCGUGCAAGAACAUGCAACAGACCGGCCAACCAUGUCAACUGUUGUUUUCAUGUUGGGCAGUGACAAAUCUUUUAAACAAUGAAAGUGUAUCUGAUAUUGACCGUUUACACUUAGUGAUGCUUUAUGCUUUGCACUACGAGAAGGAAAGCCCUGUUCAAUUGAUGCAACUUUUCAACAAACUAGCUUCUUGGUCUGCCAAGUACAAACCAGUGCUUGUCCAGUUGGGGUUGAUAAGCGAAUUGGGGAUCUUUUUGGAAAUUGAGAUCUUUUGAAUAUUGCUCGUAACAUGGCUCGUGCACUGAAGGGGUUUGAGAACGCUUACACCCAGCACCAUCCCCAUUUGUUCCAAACCAUGGAAAGCAUUUCCAAGGGAUGGUUGAGAGAUGUGGACUACCCAUAUGUUGGCAAUCACUUUCAGCAGGGCAGGCAGUGACAAAUCUUUUAAACAAUGAAAGUUCAUCUGAUAUUGACCGUUUACGCUUAGUGAUGCUUUAUGCUUUGCGCUACAAGAAGGAAAACCCUGUUCAAUUGAUGCAACUUUUCAACAAACUAGCUUCUCAGUCUGCCAAGUACAAACCAGGGUUGCUAGUUGAUUCACUGGUUUUGAAAAAUUGGCCAUCAUGGUAUGACAGCUUGUCCAGUUCAUCUUGAAGCAAGCAGGGGUUGAUAAGCGAACUGGGGAUCUUUUUGGAAAUCGAGACCUUUUGAAUAUUGCUCGUAACAUGGCUCGUGGACUGAAGGUUAGUUAGAAACACUUCACUUUUUGCUUGCGGAUGUG